AAAGGGCCUUCAGUCGCAGCAACGUUCCAAAUCGGAACGUUGGCAUUCUCAGCGUUCGGUCGGUGCCUUUGAUCUCGAGCUCAGCGUUCCAUAAGAGAACGUUGGAGGCCUGAACGUUCGCUGCCAUCAUCAUGGCUGUCAAAAUCAAGGUGGUCUAUUGUGGGGCCUGAGGAUACAGUCCCAAGUAUCAGAAGCUCAGGAAACAACUUGAAAAAGAGUUUCCGGGCAAGCUGGAAAUUACUGGGGAAGGGACUCCUCAGGUCACAGGAUGGUUUGAAGUGACAGUGGCAGGGAAGCUGGUGCACUCCAAAAAGAAUGGAGAUGGCUUUGUGGAUGAUGACACCAAAUUCCGCAAGAUAACUAUGGCCAUCAAAGCAGCUUUAGCAUAAAAAUGGCUUUGAGGAUGCAGCAACUGUUCACUGGGAGUAAAGCUUAAGGACACAUCUGUUUUGUUCAUUUUGGCCAAGCGCUUGAUGAUGGGAGCUGCUGAAAUGUCAUCAGACGCCUGGCAGUUCCCUGAAACCCCUUUGCGUAGGAUGCCAUCUUGAGCAAAGCCUGAUGAAGAACUUGAGCUCUGGAUGUCACACCUGAAGGCAGAAUUGGGCCUGGCGCUACAACUACCACUUUGACGCUGUGUGUUCUUUGUUUGCUGUAUGGGGUCUUCGCUUUCUUUGUGGUUCUGGUUUUAAUAUUUGAGAGCAGUAGCUCUGGCUUUGGAUUGAGGAUGAGAAUGGAGAGCCUCCUUCCUAAUCUGUUGCUUUUGGCUCUUUGGGUACUGAAUAUUCUCAAAUGCCUUCCGUUUUUUAAAGAAAAAAUCAGAAGUGCUUCCAAAAUUGCCAUUGAAUCCAAUCCCCCAAAAUUUGCCUUGAUCAGGUUUAGAAUUCUAAAAAAUACAAUUUGUCAAUGCCAUUAUUCUUUUUUGCUUUCUUUAUGCCCAUGGAUGCCUUUUCUGAUGGUUGUUUCUAUUGAAUGCAGUGAGCAGGUAAUAAAAUGCCUCUUUCAAGA